AUGGCCUCCAAGAAGGCGGGCUCGCGGCUGGAGACGGAGAUCGAACGCUGCCGCUCCGAGUGCCAGUGGGAGCGGAUCCCCGAGCUCGUCAAGCAGCUGUCCGCCAAGCUCAUCGCCAACGAUGACAUGGCGGAGCUCCUCCUUGGGGAGUCAAAGCUGGAGCAGUACCUGAAGGAGCACUCCCUGCGGCAGGGGGCCAGCCCCCGCGGCCCCUGGCCCCAGCUGACCGAGGUCCGCAAGCACCUGACCGCCGCCCUGGACCGCGGGAACCUCAAGUCAGAGCUGCUGCAAGAAUCCAACCUGAUCAUGGCCAAGCUGAACUACGUGGAAGGAGAUUACAAGGAAGCGCUCAACAUCUACGCGCGGGUGGGCCUCGACGACCUGCCGCUGACGGCCGUCCCGCCCUACAGGCUGCGGGUGCUGGCGGAAGCCUACGCCACCAAAGGACUUUGUCUAGAGAAGUUGCCUGUUUCCUCUUCUACCAGUAACCUCCACGCGGACCGCGAGCAGGAGGUCAUCACCUGCUAUGAGAAAGCGGGGGACAUCGCGCUGCUGUACCUCCAAGAGAUAGAAAGGGUAAUACUUACUAAUAUCCAAAACAGAAGCCCUAAGCCUGGCCCUGCUCCCCACGAUCAAGAACUAGGUUUUUUCCUAGAAACAGGACUUCAGAGAGCCCAUGUCCUCUAUUUCAAAAAUGGGAACUUGACCAGAGGAGUGGGGAGGUUCAGAGAGAUCCUCCGAGCGGUGGAGACGAGAACAACUCAGAACCUGCGAAUGACAAUAGCCAGGCAGCUGGCAGAGAUCUUGUUGCGGGGUAUGUGCGAGCAGAGCUACUGGAACCCUCUGGAGGACCCGCCGUGCCAGUCGCCUCUGGACGACCCUCUCCGGAAAGGAGCCAACACCAAAACCUACACCCUCAGUCGGAAAGCCCGCGUCUACUCAGGAGAGAACAUUUUUUGCCCUCAAGAAAAUACAGAAGAAGCCCUGUUGUUAUUGCUGAUUAGUGAAUCUAUGGCCAACCGGGACGCCGUGCUGAGCAGGAUCCCCGAGCACAGGAGCGACCGCCUCAUCAGCCUGCAGAGCGCCUCGGUGGUCUACGACCUGCUGACCAUCGCUCUGGGGAGAAGAGGCCAGUUUGAGAUGCUGUCGGAGUGCUUAGAGAGAGCCAUGAAGUUCGCCUUCGAGGAGUUCCACCUCUGGUACCAGUUCGCUCUGUCGCUCAUGGCGGCCGGAAAAUCCGCCCGGGCCGUGAAGGUGCUGAAGGAGUGCAUCCGGCUGAAGCCCGAUGACGCCACCAUCCCGCUGCUGGCCGCCAAGCUGUGCAUGGGCUCCCUGCACUGGUUGGAAGAGGCUGAGAAGUUUGCCAAAAUCGUCGUUGAUGCGGGAGAGAAAACAUCCGAGUUCAAGGCCAAAGGCUACUUAGCUCUGGGGCUCACGUACAGCCUGCAGGCCACUGACGCUUCGCUGCGAGGGACGCAGGAGGUCCUGCAGAGAAAGGCGCUGCUCGCGUUUCAGAGGGCCCACAGCCUGUCGCCUACGGAUCACCAAGCAGCUUUCUACCUCGCUCUGCAGCUCGCCAUCUCCAGACAGAUACCGGAGGCUCUGGGGUAUGUCCGUCAGGCUCUUCAGCUUCAAGGCGAUGAUGUUAACUCGCUGCACCUGCUCGCCCUCCUGCUGUCGGCACAGAAGCAUUCCCACGACGCGCUGAGCAUCGUGGACAUGGCCCUGAGCGAGUACCCCGAGAACUUUCUACUGCUGUUCUCCAAAGUGAAGCUGGAGUCCCUGUGCCGGGGCCCGGAUGAGGCGCUGCUCACCUGCAAGCACAUGCUACAGAUAUGGAAAUCCUGCUACAACCUGACCAACCCCAGUGACUCGGGACGAGGGAGCAGCCUCUUGGACAGAACCAUUGCAGACAGGCGGCAGCUCAACACAAUCACCUUGCCAGACUUCAGCGACCCGGAGACAGGCAACUCUCCAGAAGUAUACUUUCAUGGUUUUCCCUCCCUUUUUUCAGUUAGCUCUAUCCACGCCACGUCCGUGGCCGCCUCCCGCGUGGAGCAGGCGCUGUCCGAGGUGGCCUCGUCUCUGCAGAGCAGCACCCCCAAGCAGGGCCCGCUGCACCCCUGGAUGACCCUGGCACAGAUCUGGCUCCACGCAGCCGAAGUCUACAUUGGCAUUGGGAAGCCUGCGGAAGCCACGGCCUGCACCCAGGAAGCCGCCAACCUCUUCCCCAUGUCCCACAACGUCCUGUACAUGCGAGGCCAGGUGGCCGAGCUCCGCGGAAACAUCGACGAGGCCCGGCGGUGGUACGAGGAGGCCCUGUCCAUCAGCCCCACCCACGUGAAGAGCAUGCAGCGGCUGGCCCUGAUCCUUCACCAGCUGCGUCGCUACAGCCUGGCCGAGAAGAUUCUCCGGGACGCGGUGCAGGUGAACUCCACGGCCCACGAGGUCUGGAACGGGCUGGGCGAGGUCCUCCAGGCUCAGGGCAACGACACAGCCGCCACCGAGUGCUUCCUGAUGGCCCUGGAGCUGGAGGCCAGCAGCCCCGCCGUGCCCUUCACCAUCAUCCCCCGGGUGCUCUGA